AUGGACUCAUAUCCAAUCGGCUCUCGUGUUUUCUUCUACGACGCGGCUGGAUGUCUUGUAGGAGGGGUCGUAGAAUCGACGACUCGUAUGGGAAAUGGCACGCAAAUAGUUCGUAUCAAGUGCGAUGAUGGAAGGCUGCAGGUGUCUCUCGAGGAUAGCGGUGGGAAGGAAACCCUUCCUACGUACGCUGAUUUUUGUGGUAAACUCAUUGGGAAGCGAGAAUACCCAGGUCGCCGAUGCGGGUUGAUGAUGGCUGAAGCGGCCUUCACCUCUAUUUCGGACAUAUCCUUUCACGUUCCCUUGUAUCCUGUGAACGAGGAAGACAGUCCCGGUUUGUUCCCUUUGAUUUGUGUUCGGUACCGGUCAGAGGAUGAAAGAGUUGCACAGAUACCGACCACCUCUGCGUUCGGGGAGGAGAACGUGGCCCCACCGCCUACGCACCAGCAACGUCUUUCGCCCAUUUCUCUUUUUGAGUACGAGGGCCAUGCUCUCGUCGAGCUAUUGAUCUUCCCUGCCAUUCCCAACAGCGUCUCCAUUCUCCGAAAAGGAAGCUUUUGUGACUUCUACUUCAUAGCUAUGUUCAAGGGAGGGGGAUCGAAUACGUCUGCGUUUUUAUACGAUUCCGGUUCUCCUCGACACCGUCCGGACAGGUCAAGCUACUAUCGAUCUCCAUUGCGGUCUUAUAAACGCUGCGUUUCUGGCAUAGAUAUAACCAUUAACUGUCGAAGAAGAUUCUCGGGCGGUACACCUAUGACACACUUCUCCCGUGAGCGUAGGGCUCGAGAGUGUGUGAGCCCGGACAUCUAUAUCUCCUCACACGUGCUUUACCAAAUCUGCCAAACUCGUGUUAAGCUCCCUUGGCUGGUCGUACACCUCACGAAACUCGAUGUUCUGUACGCAUGCCCAGAGAGACCCGGUGUGCGAAGCUUUGUGGAAGAUUGGACGAUGACUGGGCAAAAAACGUGCUUUGUCGGUGACAAGGUGGAUAAGAGCGAGACCGUGACGGAGAGUGGUGCUUGGAAGCUGGCGUUUGUGACUCCAUCAGGUCUCAAAAAUGAAACAGAAGACAAAGGCCAUGACACGGAGUCGAACCGUGGUUUUCUCAUGCCACUAAAUGCCUUGUCAUAUGUGAGAGACGAUCUACUGUUGAUCUAUCAUGGCGUGCAUUUAACAUGA